CUUCAAAAUCAGAUCUAUGCCGCCACCGUGUCAGUUAUUCUCCUUUUCCAAUCCCCCGCCACCUCUCUGCCUCUCAUUUCCAUUUCUAGGGUUUCAGUGUCACCACCUCUCCGGCUGUCGCUGCGGGUAGGGUUUUCCUCUUUCUCUCUCUCUCUUCGAUCGGAGGUCGAGAGCCAUGGCGGUGAACCUGACGCCGAACGCGAUCGCGGCAAUAGAGUCCGGCGACGUGAACGCGAAGCCGCUGGUGCAGGUGCUGGACAUCAAGCUGAUUGGGAGCACGCAGGAGCGGUACCGGUUGCUCCUCUCCGACGCCAUUUCGACUCAGCACGCUAUGCUGGCGACUCAGCUCAACGACCGGGUCAAGUCCGGUCGGGUCCGGAAAGGCUCCGUCGUCCAGUUGAUCGAGUACAUUUGCAGCCCCGUCCAGAACCGCAAGAUAAUUGUUGUGCUGAACAUGGAAACUAUAAUCCCAGACUGUGAGAUAAUUGGGAAUCCGAAGUCACUGGUUGAAUCUGAUUCCGCAGCUCAAAAACCAUUGAUUAAUAGCAAUUUGGGGCAGUCAGCAACGGUUAGCAAUAACAAUUUCAGUGUCCAGAAACCAGGUCAUAACAUGCAAAAUUUCCCUCCAACUGUUCAACCUCCAUACCAACCACCUCCAAAGUACAGAAGUCACGGUCCAAUUUUGAAGAAUGAUGCACCGGCACGGAUAAUUCCUAUUGCUGCUUUGAAUCCUUAUCAGGGACGAUGGGCUAUCAAGGCAAGAGUUACUGCAAAAGGCGAUAUCCGUCGCUACAACAACGCCCGGGGAGAUGGGAAGGUGUUCUCUUUUGACCUCCUCGACUCUGAUGGUGGAGAAAUACGUGUCACUUGUUUCAAUGCCGUUCUUGACCGCUUCUAUGAUGCUAUUGAGCUUGGUAAAGUUUAUAUGAUCUCAAAGGGUAGCUUAAAACCUGCUCAGAAGAACUAUAACCAUCUGAAGAAUGAAUGGGAGAUAUUUCUGGAGGCAACUUCAACGGUGGAGCUUUGCCCAGAUGAAGAUGGUUCUAUACCAAGGCAGCAAUUCUCCUUCAGGCCUAUCAGUGAAAUUGAGAAUUCUGAAAACAAUUCCAUACUUGAUGUUAUUGGUGUUGUCAUGUCUGUGAACCCUUCAGUGCCCAUUUUGAGAAAGAAUGGGAUGGAAACUCAGAGAAGAAUCCUGAAUCUGAAGGAUGGAUCUGGCAGGAGUGUUGAGCUAACCCUUUGGGGGGAAUUCUGCAACAGGGAAGGUCAAAAGCUGGAAGAAAUGAUCAACUCUGGGGUUUUUCCAGUUUUAGCUGUCAAAUCUGGGAAGGUUAAUGACUUCAGUGGGAAAUCAAUAGGGACGAUUUCUGUGACACAGCUUCUCAUAAAUCCUGAUCUGCCUGAGGCCCAUGGUUUGAGAAACUGGUUUGAUGGAGGUGGAAAAACUGCUUCGUCUGUAUCAAUUUCUAGAGAAAUUAUCCCAGGAGGAUCUAAGAAUGAGAUACGUAAAACAGUGUCUCAGAUCAAGGAUGAUGGUUUUGGAAGAUCAGAUAAGCCAGAUUGGGUAACAGUGAAGGCAACCAUAUCUUUCAUUAAGACAGAUACUUUCUGUUACACAGCCUGCCCAUUGAUGAUUGGAGAUAGACAGUGUAAUAAGAAAGUGACAAGGUCAGGAAACGCAAAUUGGCAAUGUGACAGGUGCAAUCAAGAGUUUGAGGAGUGUGACUAUAGAUACCUUCUUCAAGCCCAAAUUCAAGACCAUACAGGAUUGACUUGGGUGACUGCUUUCCAGGAAUCUGGGGAAGAGAUCUUAGGUUGCUCGGCCAAGGAGUUGUAUUCGUUGAAGUAUGAAGAGCAGGACGAUGGUAGGUUUGGAGGAAUAAUCCAGAGCAGACUCUUCAACCAGUAUCUUUUCCGUCUUAAAAUCAAAGAGGAAAUGUAUGGUGAUGAACAAAGGGUGAAGAUCACUGUAGUUAAGGCCGAUAAUGUGAACCAUUCUUCAGAGGCCACAUACAUGCUUGAUCUGAUUUCAAAGUUUACUAGGCAAUAAAGUUAUAAGCCAACAUAAAUGAGUUAGGAUGCAGAAGCUUUCUUCCUGCCACGGUGAUUGACACCGCUUUAGUGAGCAAGGUGACACUGAACUUGUUAGUUAUUCUAUAAAUAACUAUCAGCAGAUACAAAUUUAUAUAUGCCCUCCCAAAAGCAUAGACCCAGGGUGGGCACCGGUAAUUCUACACACUCCAGGAUUGAGGUGCAUUCUUUUUCCAGUUUACUUGAUGAUUUAGAAGUCCAUAUCUUGUAUUGAUUGACCUUUGAAACUUACACUGGCAUUCAUGUUGAAUUCCUUACAUAGGGAUUGUGCUAGUGUUCCAACUUCUUCAUUCUGUAGGAUAAUAAUUUCAUUUCAUACAUCAUACUGCUUCUUACUUAU